ACAGCCUCUUGAGCUUGUCCAUUUGAGCACUAAACCUCUCUUCAUGGCCUAUGGAAGAAGCCAAACCAGUUCUUUCCUAGAAGGGUUCUCUCUAAGUCCUCUGCCAUAUCCAGUUCUGCUAAUUCUUGCAGUAAUCUCAAUCUUUCUUGGCAUAUCCUGGUACUCAUCCUAUGACUCAGCUGUGGAAGAAGCUGAAACGCAAUUCAAUUGGUUGCUUUUGGUUACACCAAUAGCACUUCUGCUUCUUGUCAAGUUGCUGUCUUCUAUGGAUCCUGAUUGGCUCUUCUCCAUGUCUCCACUGGGAAACCGCAGGAGAACCUACUAUCCACCUUCAGAGGGAAGCUCGCCAUGGGGUGUUGCUGCUUUCAUUGUGCUUCUGCUAGUUUUGCUGCAAUACCAGUCUAUUUUCCGGGACAGCUGGCUCAUAUAGUAUGUUCAGUAUUCUGUUUAAAAAUUUAAAAAAAUUAUAUAAAAAAAGUUGUGUGUUUAUGCAGUAGUUGUUGUAUGCAGUGGAAUAUGAUCUACUUCUACUCAUAUUGUGAAAAUAGAUUAUGGUCUGUUAGACUGUUUAUGUUGAGUUGAAACUGAAUCUUCAAUGGUUUUCCAUGUGAUUUUUGUCUUUGUUUUUACGUCUAAUGAUUUCAUUAGGCUAAUUUGAUUGCUGUUGUAACUUGUAAGUGAACAUGUUUAGUGAAAUUAAUAUGAAGUAGGUAAGCAUGAAUUGCUCUGACCAGAAGUAACUCCUUCCUUGAAGGUUUACUUAGAGAGUUUCAAAUAUAUACAAGUUAUUUUA